AUGGGGAUAGAAGUUAGUACAAACUGUAUCAAGGUACAAACGGACUUGAUUAUUUAUCCUGGCACAAUGCAGGAGACUGCAAUAGUGAAUGUGAUAUUGAUAGUUUAUAGUACUAUUAAGCCAGGCUCUUUUCCACCAGAAGUCAUUCCCUAUGACCAGUGGACUCAACAGAAACCAGAAACAAAGCCUAUGUUUUCUGGUUGGCUUAAGGGUGCAUUUGGAGGUGGAAAGAAAGAGAUGCAAGAAUCUAUACAGCAGAACCUCAAUUUUAUUCUCAGUACUGCUCCAAUUUGGGAUAGGGUGGAGCUCAAAGGUAAUAAAUAUGUACUUGGAGAAUUUCUGGAGUUCAAGGGAAAGCCAGAAGAUCUCCAUGCCUUGAGAAAUAUCAAAAGAUCGAAAGUCAGUCGUCUAAUUAUCGACAAGCAUGCUUGGAUUAGUUUCUCUAAGUCAUCAUGUGCAUUUUUCUUUCGAAAUCACAGCGCAUUCGACGCUCCAAGUUUUGUACUCGCCUAGGGAUUAUCGAA